CUUCGGCAUCCUUCCAGUCCUCGCCCAGCUUCGUCAAUGGUUCAAGCUUCACCACCCCCUUCACAUCUCCUCUAUACACACCAGAAUCGUCUCCUCGCUCCCUUCCCUUUGACAAGUCAGGCGCCGGUGUCUUACCGUGUGGCGCUUCGCAGGCAAACGGUGACUCCGUCGGGAUCAAGGCCGACGAGUUUGUUCUUGGAGAAGAUGUAUCUUGCGCCACCGAUGGGGAGAAAGACGUUCCUGUCGUCACUCUCGACGACGGCAAGGUCGUCUACACGGUUUUGGACUGUAUUGGUCAUGGUGGUUUUGGCAGGGUCUUCGCCGCCCAGGCCUCUCCGCACGAUACAAGCAUGGACUUUCCUCGCCAGGUAGCCAUCAAGGCCAUUUCCAAGAGCGACGUUCGCUCCAACCAGAGCUACUUCGACGCAGUCGCGAACGAACGCAAGAUCCUUGUUGCAGCCAACGGGACGGAUGGCGACUUCCUGACCAAAUUGCUUUCAUGCUUCCAGGAUGAUGAUAAUAUAUAUUUCGUUAUGAGGCUCUAUGUGAAGGACCUCUCACAGUUCAUGAGAGAAUUCACCGGGGGUAUGCCCUUGGAGUACAUCCGUCAUUACAUCGCAGAACUCGUCCUCGGCAUGCAGCAACUGCAGAGCGCAAAAAUCAUCCACGGCGACCUUAAACCCAACAACAUCUUCGUCACCCCCACCGGCCAUCUCGCCAUCGGCGACUUCGGCCUUGGACAACUCCUCGGCGUUCGUGACUUUCGCAACCACAAACGUCGUUGUGGCCAGAUUGGAACGCCGCACUAUUUCGCGCCAGAGAUCCUUGAUCCCGAUUAUAUCCUCGAGCAUGGUUAUGGACAGACCUUGGAUAGCUGGACGUUUGGGUUGAUUUUGGCGGAAAUGAGCGGGAUCAAAGGGCCUCUGUUCCGCUCGAAAGACAUGCACGCUCUCAAGGAUGAGAUCGAGGCUGCUGAUAUCGAGAAGAAGCUAUCCCCCGUUGAAGACGACAAACUGCGCGCGUUGAUCUCCAAGCUUCUGGUCAAGGAUCCAAUGGAGCGCUUGUCUCUGCUGGACAUCCACGAGGAUGAAUUCUUUCACGGACUGGACUGGUCUGCUGUGAAAGCACGGACCUGGAUUGAUAACGUCGAGAUACCCACAAAACUCCUUAAUACUGAACGCGAGCUCAAGAAACCGUCCGUUGCCCCCACCGGCAAUCCAACGACGUCGAGCCCCAAAGCUUGGGCUCGGCUCGACUAUACAUCCAAGCAGGAGCACCUCGUAGAUGCUAUGCAUGGCGAAUGCAAGCUCGAGAUCAGGCCCGUCGACAAACAUGAUCCUGUUUGGUCCCAUUAUGUGACUCCUCUCGACGACCCGAUCUCGACUUUCGCAACCGACUUCAGCAGGUGCCCGGAGUUUUGAGCCAGGAUCGCGUGCACCUUACUUCUUCGAACGUUCUCGAUCGAGAUCCAAUCAUCUCGCCAUACGAUUUCUUCCUCCGGAUUUCUGCCCAUCGUCGUCUCUUUGUAUCUCAUAGUCCCCUCACGCCUUGGCCCAUUGUCACGUCUGACACUCAUGAGAUCUAGACAUACACAUCAUUCUACUGGUUCAACAUAUCGUCUCUCCAUCUUUCUCUCCUCCGCAUCGAUUUCUAAUCUGCUCUCAUCCUGCUUUCGUUUUGCUUUACUCCCUUCAUUGACGCCAUCUACGAAUAUUCACCCAUUCAACGUUUGCUUCCCAUAUUCAGGUCUCUGCUUUACCUACCAUCCUACCAUACAUUUCCUAGACUUUCAC